GGAUUUUAGCCAAAUGAAAUACUAAUUCUGAGAGUUGUGUGAGCAUCAUAUUUUAGCUUUAUUAGUUGUGGAUCAUGUCAUUUAGAGUGAUCGAUGGAUAAAAAGAUAGUUACACUGUUGGGGGAAAAUGGUCUCUUGUAGAAAGGAAAGAGUUGUGGUUUUGGCACUUGUGAGCUGCUUAGUUCUGCAGUGGGCGUUUUCCUCCAUUGGACAGGAAGACAUGACAGGGAAUGUAUGUGUGUGUGAGUGUACAUGCGUACUUGCAUUCAUGAUCAGCUAGUGUGUCUGAAAGACAUACAGACAUACCGGUACACAGAGUCUUUGGCUAGAGGGUGUAGGUCUGCCUGUUCACAAUGCUGUUGCCACAAGCUUUCUCUCUCCUAACCACCCUCACCCUCUCUACCCCCUUUACUGGUGUUGAGGAGACCGUUAGAGCAGCCAAAGGCAGUCCUUCCCACCUUCCUUGUCCCUCACCCUUUGGAUUUGAUGGGAAAGUUGUUUUUAAAUGGAAGAAAAUUGGAAGUCCUGGCAUUAUUUGCGAAUACAAUGUGAAUAGAGAAAUCAGUUCAGUCGUAUCCUGUAAAUCUCAAUUCAAGGUAACCGGACAUCCUCCUAAGCUGUAUGUUACAGAGCCAAAGAGCACCGACUCUGGUCUAUAUACCUGCUUAAUGUCAAGAGUCAUACCACCACCAACCAUUGAGAAAUCCUCCACUGUUGAUCUUCAAGUUACAGUUCCAGUGCUUUUCUCUUCUGCAGUGCUUCCAGGUCUAGUCCUAGAGAGGCAGAACAGCAGGGAUCCUGGCUGCAUCCAGCUUCUCUGUACUUUGGAGGGCCUUGACCCCCAGGACGUCAACUUCACUUGGACCCGACAAGGUCAGGGUUCACCGGAGACACUGUUGACCAAUCACAGCGCCUCUAAACAGAGCAGCUUACUGACCCUGUGCCAAUCAGUGUGGAGAGAGGGUGACACGAUCACCUGCAAUGUCAGACUCCUAGCCAAUAACACCGACCUGAGCAUCAGACUUCCCUACAGUGAACAAGAGACGUACCAUGAGAACAACCUUUUGACUAUCAUCUGUGUCAGCACAUCCAUCGGGGUUGUGGCCAUCGCAGCUGUCACCAUAAGUAUUUACAAAUGUCGGCAGAGGACCAAUGAUGGUGAUUCCGUCUCAUAUAACAACAAGGUGUAUGAGAACUUCAGUUUCAGCACACAAACCCAACAGAGACAGACGACCACUGCGUCCAUCCAGGAACAAUGCAUUUAUGAGAACUAGACAAUCUUAAUCUCACUCUGACAUCCUUGUUCCUCUUUUCAUCCGAGUUCAUUGAUGUGACAUUAUGACAUUGCCAGCAGUAAGAUUUUAGCUUGAUUUCCAAAAAGACAAGGCCUGUAGCUUUCAAAUGAUAUGUCAAUUUCUAUUUUCUGAUUAUUAUUUUUUUGGAGUUUAACAGGUUAAAAUAUAUCUGACAAUCACGCAGAAACUCUUUCCAAACAUUUACUCUAGGCAUACAUUGGGUGGUUGCCAUUGAUAUCAUUAAAUUGUAUAUAACGUUUUCCUCUUGCUGUCCUUUUUAACGUGAUAUAAAACCUUACUGUGCAUGUGUGAAUCACUCUGGAUAAGAGUGUUUGGGCCAAUGACUACUGGUAAAUUAAUGUAAUGUCCUCAACACCUGCUUGGGACUUAUUUUGUAUGAGAUUUGCAUGUUCUGAAUAUCAAUCCUGUGGAAAUUCAUUGCUAAAUUAACAUGUAUGUAAAUGGUUUAAUGUACUGGUUAUCUGCGUUGCACCUGCAGACUCAUGAAUUUUCUUGACUUGUUCUGUUAUUACAAGUACACAUUGGUUGUUCCAGAAAAGGUUGAACAACUCUGAGUUCCUGUUUUAGUGCCAACAUCGGUGUCAAUGCUACGGUCUGCUUUCACGUGACUGGAAACAAUUAUGGUGCAGUCUAUCACGUUCACCACUCAGCAAUGUUGCUGUCUACUUCUGGAGGCCCCUCAGCCAUUUUCGCCAUCAUUGAUUGCAGUAUUCUUUUUGAUGUGGAGUUUUUUUCACAGUUCACAGUUUUAUGACUUUAUGACUUUUCACAGUCUUCAGAGUGAACAAUUCAUAAUUUCUCAAGGUCUCUUUUUUUCUCACCAAAGCCACAGAGUAUAUACAGUGCCCGUCAAAAGUUUGGACACAGCUACUCAUUCAAGGGGUUUUCUUUAUUUUUACUAUUUUCUACAUUGUAGAAUAAUACUGAAGACAUGAAAACUAUGAAAUAACACAUAUGGAAUCAUGUAGUAACCAAAAGAUGUGAAACAAUUCAAAAUAUAUUUAUAUUUUAGAUUAUUCAAAGUAGCCAUCCUUUGCCUUGAUGGCCGCUUUGCACACUCUAGGCAUUCUCUCAACCAGCUUCACCUGGAAUGCUUUUUCCAACAGUCUUGAAGGAGUUCCCAGUUAGCUUGGGUGCUUGACUGCCGUUGAACGCUGGAUCAACCCUACUCCUUGGCCAAAGCAUCCAGUGUUCGCUUUGAGAGCGGAACGCUCAAAAUUUACAAACAGACAAUCUGACAACACUAUGGAUUUACGAACGCCCACAGUGCACUCUGGCACUCCAGAUUGAAUUCACGAACACACCCAAAAUCGUAAAAUGUCUAGCUAGUCAUUUGCUAUGCUAACAAGCUAGCAAUAGCAUCAACUUCCGGUAGACAGGCGAAGCACUAGUACGCUCAACUUAAACGAUACGGUUCGUUUACAGUAUACGUCAGCUCCUGACUGACGGGCGGCUCUGGCAGCUCCUGACUGAUGGGCGGCUCUGGCAGCUCCUGACUAACGGGGGACUCUGGCAGCUCAGGACAGACGGGCGGCUCUGGCAGCUCAGGACAGAUGGGCGGCUCUGGCAGCUCAGGACAGAUGGGCGGCUCUGGCAAUGCAGGACAGGAGGGAGACUCUGGAAGCGCUGGACAGGAGGGAGACUCUGGAAGCGCUGGACAGGAGGGAGACUCUGGAAGCGCUGGACAGGAGGGAGACUCUGGAAGCACUGGACAGGAGGAAGACUCUGGAAGCGGGGCUGCCACCGGAGGCCUGGUGCGUGGAGGAGGCACCGGAUGAACCGGACCGUGGAGGCGCACUGAAGUUCUUGAGCACCGAGCCUGCACAACCUGUCCUGGCUGGAUACUCCCCAUAGCCCGGCAAGUGCGGCGGGGUGGAACAGACCGCACUGGGCUGUGCUGGCGAACUGGGGACACCAUGCAUAGGGCUGGUGCCAUAUAACCCGGGCCGAGGAGACGCACUGGAGACCAGAUGCGCUGAUCCGGCUUCAUAGCUCCUGGCUCGAUGCCCACUCAAGCCCGGCCAAUGCUUUCAGUUCACAGGACUACACAAUUGUGUCAGAAUGGUUGCAACAAAACUGCAAUAGAACGGCAAUAUUCAACAUACUUUAAUGUCUAGCAUUCAAAGUAAAAUGUAUUUGUUAUUUUGGAAACUUCACAAAAACAUCUGUCUUUCCAUGCAUGUUGUUUGAUACAAGUCACACUUUACGUGCUGUACCUCUUGUAAUCAUAGGAUGUGUAGCUUGAAAAAAAAACACUGAAAUUAAGUGUUGAAGUAACUCUUUUCUUUGUGUCAUUGCUCUUUUUGGACCAGAAGUCGGUGUCCUACUCUUCUGUUCUGCAUUUGGCAAUUCUUCAGAGUCUCCACUCAGGUCAUUUGAAAUGCAUUGACCAAACCUCUUCAUACAUGAUACAUUUAGAGACUGCACUUACUUUGAAAACUGUGGACACUUAAGGUACAGUUUUGUUCCAAUGGGGAGGGGUGGGGGUGGACUAUCGUAGGUCAAAUUACAAUUUAUGAUUGCAUAAGAAAGAAUCAAUGCCUUUGCAACUGAAAUAUGAAAAUUACGGAACCAAAAUGAAAAGUGAUUGCUGAGAGACUUGCUGUUUGGUUUUACACUUGUGGUAAAUAUAUGUCACACCCUGACCAUAGUUUAUUUGUAUGUUUCUAUGUUUUGGUUGGUCAGGGUGUGAUCUGAGUGGGCAUUCUAUGUUGGAUGUCUUGUUUGUCUAUUUCUAUGUCUGGCCUGAUAUGGUUCUCAAUCAGAGGCAGGUGUUAGUCAUUGUCUCUGAUUGGGAACCAUAUUUAGGUAGCCUGGGUUUCACGGUGUGUUUGUGGGUGAUUGUUCCUGUCUCUGUGUUUUUCACCAGAUAGGGCUGUUUUCGGUUUUCGUACGUUUGUUAUUAUGUUUAAUCGUGUAUAGUUUCCUUAUUAAAUAAAAUGAAUCACAACUACGCUG